AUGGAUACCACCAGCAAGAAAGCCUAUGGGGUUGCCAUCAUCAUACAGCUCAUCAACACCGGCAUGUACGUCGUCUCCAAGGCGGCAUUCAACCAUGGCAUGAGCACCUACGUCUUCAUCUUUUACCGCCAGGCGGCGGCCACUGCGCUGUUGCUGCCCCUAGCCGUUGUUCUUGAAAGGACAAAUGCACCACCCAUGUCAUUCAGGUUGUUUCUGAAGCUGUUCUUCUAUGCAUUGCUUGGCAACACAUUGAGCAUGAAUCUGUACGACAUAAGCCUCAAAUACACCUCUGCAACCGUGGCAUCGGCAACAAGCAACUCUGUCCCUGUGGUCACCUUCUUUCUGGCUGUCCUGUUAAGGCUGGAAGUGGUUCGGCUGAGAAGCCCGUCAGGCAUGGCGAAGGCGGCGGGCGUGGUGCUGUGCCUAGCCGGGGUCCUGACCAUCGCCCUGUACACGGGUCCCUCGAUGAGCCCGGUGAACCACCACCGCGCCUUCGCCGCGCACCAUCCACAUCCUCAAGCUCAUGCUGAUGGCGGCGGCAAGGGGACAUGGAUCAAGGGCACGUUCCUGAUGCUGCUGUCCAACACGACGUGGUCCCUCUGGAUCGUGCUGCAGGCGUCGCUGCUCAAGGAGUACCCCAACAAGCUGCUGUCCACGCUGGUGCAGUGCGGCCUCAGCACCGCCCAGUCCUUCCUCCUCGCCGUCGCCGUCGCCGUCGAGCGCGACCCCGCCGCCUGGAAGCUGCAGCUCGACGUCGGCCUCCUCGCCGCCGCCUACUCCGGUCUUGUGGUGACGGGCGUGUCGUUCUACCUGCAGGCGUGGUGCAUCGAGAAGCGCGGGCCCGUGUUCCUGGCCAUGUCCAACCCGCUGGGCCUCCUGCUCACCAUCUUCUUCUCCUCCUUCUUCCUCGGCGAGAUCGUGCGCCUCGGCAGCCUCCUCGGCAGCGGCCUCCUCGUCGGAGGGCUCUACAGCGUCCUCUGGGGCAAGAGCAAGGACCACCUCCACCAGAAGCAGAGUCAUCAGGAGCAGGCACCGAAAACUCUGGCCACCGCCAGCAACGAUGGCCAUGACGACGACGAGGAGAAGCAGCAGCCGGCAAAGGCGGUGCAGAACACGGGCGGCGGUGACGAGAAGCAGCUCAAGGACUUGUUUGCAAUGGAGGCAUCGCCAUUGCGCCAUCAGUCCGGAUGA